AUAUUGAUUAGUUAUGUCGCUUUUGUUGUUUACUCGCCACAUUUUUGCCAGUUAAUUGUGCCCAGGCGGUGCGCGGGACAUUGGAGUAACCCUAAACACAGGAACAGAAGCCGCAGCAGGAGCUGCAGCUGCUCCCCCCCAAGGAAGAGGCUGUCCAGGCACAGCCCCCACGUUAUCGAAACGAAACCAGGUCGCAGCAGGAAUCAUCGUCGUUGUCAUCGUCGUCGUAGGGAGCGAGCGAGCGCACAAAAUAUACACCGAUGUCCGCGGGUGUGGGUGGCGGAGGGAGCAUUACCACCGAGCACCACAGUCGCCUCUACUUCCUCAACUCGCCAACGGGCCGCGAUCCGUUCUUCAUCAAACCGGAAUAUCUCAGCUAUGAGAGUCCCAUGCAUCAUGCCCUCUAUCCGGGCAAUCGUGGCCUCAUAGAGUAUAAUAAUUAUACGAGUUCAGCGGCUGCCGCCGCUGCCGUUGCCUCUGCCUCAGCCUCUGCCACCGCCUCCUCCGUCGUCUCAGCCACAUCGGUAACCGUAACGGGUGCUGCUGGUGGGGAAUCGGCUGUAUCCGCUGCCAAUAGCAGCAGCAGCGUCACAGUUAGUUCCAGCACAGCAGCGGGAGCUGGAGCAGCAGCGGCGGCGGCAUUGGGCCUGGAGAACGGCUUCCCCCAGCAGCAGCAGCAGCUCCAGGGAGGGAAUCCCCACCAGCAGCAUCAGGAGGUCUCCCAGCAGCAGCAGCAACAUCCCCUGCAUCACCAUCUAUCCACCGGUGUUGUUGUGAUCGGCACUGGCAGCAACAUCAACGACGUUGUUGGCAACGGCGGCGGCGGUGGUGUUGGUGUUGUUCCCGGCCUUGCCAACCUUGGCGUUCCACAUCUCAGUCAGCAAAUAUCGCUGGGCCAAUCGUCGCGAGCCCAAAAGGCAGCCCGGCGGCGUAGCAACGAAUCGAUUGAAGCACGCGAAAGGCGAUUGGAGAGAAACGCGGCCCGGAUGAGGGAUAAGCGAUCAAAGGAAUCGGAGGCGGAAUACCGCAUCCGUCUGGCCAAGAAUGCGGAGGCGAACCGUGUGCGCAGGCAGAACGAAACGGAAGUACAAAGAACCCUAAGACUGAUGAAGAAUGCCGCACGGCAGCGGCUGCGCCGCGCCUCUGAAACGGUUGAGGAGCGCAAAAAGCGUCUGGCCAAGGCAGCGGAAAGGAUGCGGGUGGCGCGAGCCAGUGCACCCAAGGUAAUCAAGCCGCCGCUGGCCGAUAGGCUCAAGGGCUAUUGAAUUUGGUGAGAGAGCAGCAAGGAACAAGAUCAAGGAGGAGGAGCAGGAGAAGGUAAAGCCAUUUGUGGAGCUGGCUCCAGCAGAGAGAAAGGAGAGAGCCAGGAUUGGCUUUUGGAACAUACACAGACACACACACACACACACAUCUAUAAAUAAUAUAUAUUGUAUACAAUCCAAGUGGGAGAAGGAACAGGAGGAGGAGGAGCAGACGGAGGAGUACCAGUAACCAGGACAGAGGUUCAAUGGGGCAGCAGCAGGCGCCUUUCUAGGAUUAGGGGCCUGGGCAAUUUUUUUUUAUAUAAGUUAACAUUUAAACAAGAUGAAAAUGAAGCAAGAGUAACGUAAAGCAUAAAGUAAAGUAAAGUAAAAGUAUUUUUAUAAUGCAUGCAUUAUAUUCGUACGAUAUAUAUAAAUAUAUACAUACAAUAUAUAUAGAUAUAUAUAUAGUUAUGUAUACACACACACCUAGAAUAGUCAUAGCACACACACACACUCACACAUACAAGAACCCCCCCCAAAAAGGAGGAGGAGAUGGAGCAGCGCUUACAGGGUGCCUCUGCCUCAACAAGGUGCCUUGCAACAGGGUGCCUCACUGCACAACAGGGUGACAAAAAAGGGGAGACACCAGAUGGAACAACAAGUGACCCAAACCAUAAAAAUCUCAAGCUACCGAGGCACCCUAAUGCAGGAAUCAGUGGAAUCAACCCCCAUAUGUGUGUGCAUGUAAACCAAAACGGACAUGUAAGGACAGGCAUACAUACCCGGCGGCGGCACACACACACAGCAAUAAUCACACAUGAGGCAUACACAUACGACGACCCCCGUUGCCAGGCACAUGACGCAGCACGCAAUCCCUAGUCCUGCCCACGCCCACUCGGGGCCCACAUGAUAAAUAUAUUAUUCUAAUUAAUAUUAAUUAAUAAACAUGUAAGUUCUAGUCGAAAUUUAAAAUUGUUUCAACUUUUUUUCCUUGUUGAUUUAUCUUCCGUCGAAACAAAAAAAAACAAAAUGCAACACAGAAUACGUUUAUCAAUUGUUUUUGCCUUAAACUUAAGAUUGAAAUACAUUUUUAUGUAUGGUAAUAUUCAAUGUACACUAACAAUAACAAGAUUAUAACAAAAAAACACGGACACCAACAAGACGAAAAAAUAAAAAAACAACAACAAACAACUGAAAAAAAAUGAAUAUACUUGAAUAAAGUUGCAUUCACAAUUUUUAAA